AUGAUACGAAUUUCAUAUACGAAUUUCACGGUUUAUAAGUGUGCGUCGAAAUGUUUGGUAAACCGUGUAAAGGUUAGUCUCAAUGCUCUUAUUGAUGAAUCCCAACAUGCCUUUAUACCGGGACGUUACAUGAGUGAUAACAUUUUACUAAGCCAUGAUAUUCUACAUUUUAUGAAUGGAAGGAGGGCUAAGGGUCCGAAUUUGGCAGCAAUCAAAAUUGACAUGAGCAAAGCCUAUGAUCGAAUUCACUGGGGUUUCCUGUUGCGGGUGCUUAAAGCCUAUGGUUUUCCUCCAUCUUGGAUUCAUCUGAUAUACCAGUGCAUUUCAACGGUUUCUUUCAAGGUUCUUAUUAAUGGGAGAAUUUCGCAGCCAUUUAGACCUAAGUGUGGGCUAAGGCAAGGGGAUCCUUUAUCUCCCUAUUUAUUCCUAUUCUGCAUGGAUAUUCUAGGACGAAUGUUAUCUUUAGGUCAGGAUAUUAGGUUAUUUCAAGGGAUUAAACUUGCGCGGGAAGCCCCAAAGAUAUCGCAUUUGUUCUUCGCUGAUGAUGCUAUGAUUUUUUUCCAAGCAACGGAAAAAUCUUGCAUAAAUAUAGGUGGUAUUUUGGAUCGCUACUGCCGAAUUUCAGGUCAAAAGCUAAAUCUUGCAAAGUCAUUUAUCAAGUUUAGCCCAAAUACAUCUCUCUCUCAACAACAACUUUUCAAAUCGAUUUUACGAAUGCCACAGGUAUCACAGUUUGGACAACAUCUAGGUGUUCCUAUUGAUUGUGUUGGUUCUAAACGAUCUCAUUUUAAUUACUUAAUCGACAAGGUUUCUGAACUGAUAACCUCUUGGAAUGGGGUUUUGAUUUCCCAAGUGCAAAAAAUGGUUUUAAUUAAUACUGUUAUUGUUGCUACGGUUUCUCAUGUGAUGAUGAGCUUGGAUAUUCCUAUAACAAUUGUGAAUAAGAUAGAUUCAUUGAUUGCUACUUUCUUCUGGGCAAAACAAGGUCAUAAGGGAAUGCAUUGGAUUCGUAAGAGUAUUUUACAUCUUCCCCGAGGAAUGGGAGGCCUGGGUAUUCGUCAUUUAUCAUCACUUAAUAAAUCCUUUUUGAUGAAACAAGUUGUUUUUUCAUGGGGUAUGCGAGGUCUUCGCAGAGCAGAAAAUUUGUUACUACAAGGGUGUGAUUGGAAGGUUGGUGAUGGAAAGAAUAUAAGAGCAGGAAGGGAUAGGUGGGUUCAUGGUAAGGUACCUGUUUUUACUUCCCAUAUCCGUUUGACUGAUGCUAAGUGGUGGACAGUCAGUCAUUUUAUUGAGAGUUCGGAAUUUCGAUGGAAUGCAGCCCUAAUCAGAAGCUCUUUUGAUAAUAAUGAUGCAAAUGCUAUCCUUUCUGUUGAGCUUCCAUCUGAGUCAGUUCCAGAUCGGUUAUAUUGGUCUAAUAACAAUGGUGGAAAGUUCACGGUUAAAACUAGUUAUGCUUUUUUACAAGAGCAAAUCAUUGAUCGGGAAACUAUUUUAGGGUUUAGACAGAAUAGAUUUGUACCUUUCUUUAAAUUACUCUGGGCUCUGAAAAUUCUUCCAAAGUGGAAGCUUUUAAUUUGGAAGAUUAUGGUUGACGGGAUCCCAGUAAAAGCUAAUCUGGAUCGGAGAGGCAUUAUGUUAAAUGUCAAUUGUGACUUGUGUAAUGAUGUUUGUGAGGAUGCGCAACACAUGUUUCGCCUUUGUAAUUUGGCUCAAGACCCUUUUAUAAGCGAGGAUGGCAAGGAUAGUGAUCGAGUUGUUACUUUUAUAGGAAUUUUGUGGGCAUUAUGGGUUACACGAAAUGCAAGAGUUUUCCGUUCCGAGACUGGGAACAUCCAAACAGUUCAGACUCGGUUUACUUUAGCUUUGGAACAGAAUGUAAUCUUCCGGCGGAAAGAAGGUGAAUGUUUGGGUUUCUUACAUCCACCAGAGAACAUGCCAAAUUACCCACCGGGGUUUUUAUUUGCAAAUAUUGGUAGGGAGAUCGCUUUUAUGCAAGGGUCUGUUAUAUACAUUGAUGGAGCAUGGAAUAAAGUCACCUUAAGAGCUGGAAUGGGAUGGGUUCUUCAACAAGCACAUACAGUGGGAUCGGGAAUCAUUGGGGGUUGUGACUAUGGUCUUGGGCAUUCAGCUUUACAUGCGGAAUCUAUGGCUUGUCUGCAGGCUUUACAAUGGGCAACAACCUGGUAA